UCGUCUGUGUGCUCCGCUGGACUCGGGACAUGUUUAGCGCCUGCGCACAUCGCGGUUUGUCUGCGUGUCAUGUAGAUGAACGUUCUAACUGGGUAGUCAACAUGUCCACCGCUGCUCAACGGAACAAUAACGAGGAGCCCGGGCUGCACGGCUCUUGGGUAGAGUUGGAGCUGAAUGGGAACACGGGAGCACGGGGUGUGCAGACCAGCGUGCAAUUGACACCAGCUGCAGACCAAAUAAAUGCCAACGCCGGCGUGAAUGAAACAAUGCAGACCCUGGAUGCGGUGCCCGAGAGUGAUGAAACCCUGAUUGGAGGACUGGAGCAUGUGCCGUCAUCUUCCUCUAUCCACAAUGGGGACAUGGAGAAGAUUCUCCUGGAUGCACAGCAUGAAUCCAGCCCGAGUAGCUCCUCCUGUCACAGUCCUCACAGGCCACCGAGUCCGGAUCAGGAUGAGGGUCAGAUCACUUUUGAUGUGGAGAUGCCCAGCCCCAGAAGUAGUCAGUCAGAGGACAGUGGUCCAGAGCAGGACAGAGAUGAGGACAUCCUGCUCAACAAAGAAAUUGACUGGGUUGCUGAUUGGUCCAGCCGACCGGAAAACAUUCCACCAAAGGAGUUCCACUUCAGGCACCCUCGCCGUUCAGUGUCUCUCAGUAUGAGAAAGAGCGGAGUCAUGAAGAAAGGUGGCAUCUUCUCUGCUGAAUUCCUCAAAGUCUUCAUCCCUUCCUUACUCAUCUCACAUAUCCUCGCUCUCGGCCUCGGGGUGUACAUCGGGAAGAGAAUUGCCACAGCCUCCGCCAGCUCUUACUGAAUAGAAGAUGAAGCAGUGCCUGGAUGUUCUCCUGUCUCCAAGUCUUUCAGUCAUCCUCCUGUAGUCAAGCUGUCUCUCUGCAUCUAUUGUACGCCCACAUUUCUCUUCCAGUCAGCAUUAAAAUCAGUCACAUUGUAGAUGUAGUUAUAGAGAUAUACACAUGACGUGAUGUGUUUGCCCUCACAUUUUGACACAGGGGCAGCAUUGUACCCAGCAGCUGUCACCAACUUGAAUCCAGUAGAUAGCAAACCCUAUUAAAGCUGGAAAAAUAUUAGUCAUCCUGCUCAACUUAAAUCACUAGGAUUUGAGGUCCAGUAGCUUCAGGGUUUAAGUUUCUCUACUUUGUUUUGAUUUUAUCUAAUGAGUAAUCUGGCUUCCCAAGCUAUAUCUCUCCAGUAGGAAGAGUGCAUAAACCAAAAAUAUGCGCCAUAUCUGCAAUACAAACAAAUUGAAUAGGCUCCAGGAACAGAAAGGACUAUGAUCGCCUUAAUUUUUUAGCUAAACAUUCAAGGUGCAGUUAUCGGGGGACACAUGAUGCUGCACAGUGGGAUUUGUUUUUAAAUCCCACACGUUGUCAGAGAGUAGUAGUUGUAUCAUGUUGACUCCCGAGGGUUUUCAUUAUAGAAGCUUUGUUUUUUGAAGGUUGGAAAGCUUAAAACUUUAUCUAGUAUGUAGAUGCACACUUUUUACAGCGGCGUUGUUGAUGAGAGUGGAGCCUAGGCUGGAUGGCAGUUUACCAGGCCAUAUGCUAUUUUUAUUUCCUUUUGCCUACAUAUCGUCUUCUAUAACAUAAUAUAGCAGCAAUGGCAAAGUGCCAAACUUUCACCACUGCACAUUGGUGAUUUAUCUUAGACUGUUUUUUUUUUUUUUAAUGAUAUGUAUAGGUAUUUAAAAAUGUAGAUGUGAAAAUUAAUUUAAGCUGUGAUCUGCCCCAUGUACACCUCUUGACAUUGUAUAAUUUGUUUAUACAUUGAUAUUAAUGCAUAUUAUAUCAUUGUUAUCAUAGCAUUGUGGCAGUGUGUGUAAUGUGUUCUUGCUCUUGUUUAAUAGCCGAUGCAUCAGUGGCACAAACCACCUCAGCUGAAGGUAUUUCCAGGGGCCUCAUUUAAGAUUGUUAUCUGACUUUUAUCCAGAAUACACUGUGCAGUCGUUUCACAUGAUGAUACAGUAAACAUUGUACAGUGUGUGUAGAACCUCCAGAGAAACUAGAGGAGCAUUUCCUGAAGAAGGUGCAUGUGAUUUCUGUAUAUCGAUGCCUACUGGAUGACUGGAUAAUUAAUCUGUCAGUGUUUGUAAAUGGAUGGCAUCACGACUCCUAUGAAAAAUCAGCUCCCAUAAUGUACAGUAUUGGUUUUAAAGCACCCAACAUGUGUUCAGGCUUUAAUGCAUUAUAUAACACACGUACUAACUCAUAAAACUGUCAUCAUAACAGGCUUAUGUACAGUUGAUCAGUGUGCAAUACAGAGCGUUUUGGAAUUUCAAUAAAGUUUGUACUGUA